CCGCUCUGGGGACUCGGCCGGCCGUUGUGCGAGCAGCCCGGGUGAGAGAGAGGGAGCAGAGGCGUCAUGGCGGCUUCAAACAUCGACUGGAAUCAGACAGAGAAUGCCAGUGCACACCACACCAGCCAGUUCAGUUCCCCACUGUUGGUGGUGCGGCGGGGACAACAGUUCAACAUCAAAGUAGAGCUCGGAGUCCCAACUGCAAGCAACCUCACAUUUACUGUGGAGACAGGGUCAACCGCUGCUCUGCAAGCCCAGACGCGGGUGGAGUUUGGCAUCUCGAGCACCCACAGCAGCGGCUCCUGGAGUGCAGUCCACACGGCCGCCUCGCACCCCACGUCCUUCUCCAUUUCAAGCCCGGCAAAUGCCGCCAUCGGGCGCUACCAGCUGGGCCUCAGGACCGGCAGCUCCGGCAGCUCCAACCUGGGAUCCUUUGUCUUGCUCUUUAACCCGUGGAUGUCAGGCGAUGACGUCUUCCUGCCGAACAAUGCCGAGCGUGAGGAAUACGUCCUCUCCGAGUUUGGUGUGGUCUUUGUGGGCAGUUCAAACCGGAUCUCUCGGUUUGGAUGGAACUAUGGGCAGUUUCAAGAUGAAAUUUUGGACGUCUGCCUUUUCAUCCUCGAUCGAAGCUUAAGCUACCGCAAGGAUCCAGCAUCUGACUUGCGCCGUCGAAAUGACCCCAAAUAUGUGGGGCGGGUGCUCAGUGCCAUGGUCAACAGCAAUGAUGACAACGGGGUGCUGCAGGGCAACUGGAGCGGCAACUAUAGCGGGGGGACAAACCCCAGCAGCUGGACGGGUAGCGUGGACAUCCUGCGGAAGUGGAAGCAGUCGGGAUUCAAGCCGGUCCGGUACGGGCAGUGCUGGGUCUUCGCCGGAGUCCUGAACACAGUCCUGCGCUGCCUGGGGAUCCCCGCGCGCACGAUCUCCAACUUCGACUCGGCGCACGACACAGACGGAAACCUGACUGUGGACGUCUACUACGAUGAGUCCGGGAACCCCCUGAACAUGUCUGGAGACAGCGUCUGGAACUUCCACGUGUGGAACGAAGGCUGGUUUGUCCGCAGCGACCUGGGCUCCAGGUACAACGGGUGGCAAAUUCUGGAUGCCACGCCACAGGAGAGGAGCACAGGCAUAUUCCAGUGUGGCCCGGCCUCACAAACGGCCAUCAAAGAGGGGGACGUGGACCUGGAGCACGACAGCCCGUUCGUCUUUGCGGAGGUUAAUGCUGACCGGAUCACCUGGCUGUACGACAGCACAACGGGGGAAAAGAAGAAAGUCCACUCCGAAACCAAGUCGAUCGGCCAGUUCAUCAGCACGAAGGCCGUGGGCAGCUAUGCCCGCCAGGAUGUCACUAACAACUAUAAAUAUGAAGAAGGCUCUGCCAAGGAAAGGGCCGUGUUUCAAAAGGCUCGUGAGAAGCUGAAUUUGAACACACUGGACAGCAUAUCUGCUGCUGUGCCAGAAGCGGAGAACCCCAAGGUCUCCGGGAAGUUCAAGGUGCAGAGCCCGCCCGAGGUCGGCCAGGACGUCAACCUGCUCUUGAGCCUGACCAACCUCGCCUCUGCCACCAAGUCCCUGAUGGCAAACCUGACCAUGUGGUCCAUCAUCUACACCGGGAAGCCCGUCCAUGAGGUCUGGAAGAGCGCCCUCCCAGUGACUCUCGGCCCCGAGGAAGAAAAAGCCUUUCCCAUCACGAUUCCAUAUGCGGCGUACCAGCAAUACCUGACCACGGACAACAUGAUCCGGGCGACCGCCCUGUGCCAGGUGCAGGAGGGCGGCAGUGCGGUGGUGGAACGGGACAUCACCCUGGACAACCCCAGCAUCACCCUGAAGGUGCUGGGCCCAGUGAAGGUGGGCCAGGAGGCAAAGGUGGAGGUGGCCUUCACCAACCCCCUGGACAAGGAGGUGAAGGACUGCGUGGUGCUGGCGGAAGGCAGCGACUUGCUGGCAGACAAGCUCAAAAUCACGGCGCCCCCACUGCAGGGCAAGCAGACCUCCCAGGUCACCUUCGAGAUCACCCCCAGCAAGAGCGGAACCAAGCAGCUCCUUGUCAACUUCUCCUGUGACAAAUUCAAAGACAUCAAAGCCUUCGAGACCGUCAAGGUGGACAACUGAUCCCGGGGGCCAGACUGCGGCCGCCCGGCCAGGCGGGGGAAGCAGGCGGGCCCAAGCGGUCAGCCACGGCCGAGGCCCAGCGUGCCACGCGCCCGCCCUGGUGCCACCACGUGUACACGCAGAACCGGUCCAAUACAGGUCCUCUUCUUGUAUCCCAAA